UGCACCCGAUCCAACACGAACGACUCAACGACACAACCGGUGCAAUUGACCCCCCUUCCGAGUAUUCGUGGCUUGCACUUCGAUAAAAGCACCUCUCGGGUAUCGUGACAAACUAGAGCCAUUGAUUGUUCCGAUUACUCCAAACUGGGUGUUGUCUGGUCAAGUACGACCGACAUUGCUUCUAUAAAUUACUGCGUUGAAACUGCGAAGGAUACGUACAUACAGUGCCAACCAUGAGACUUCAAUCACACGAACCUGCUUCACCCCGAACGAAGCCUGCUAGUCGACGCCGUUCCACAACUCUGGCUUUAGCAGCGUUGUUGUCAUCGGCCCUGCUUUCGGUGACAUCGGCGCAGUCGGUUUCGGUGCCAUUUGAUAGUUUUUCCCUGCAAUUGCCAUUAACCUUUCGGUGCUCUGUUGCCGACGGUACCCUCAAUCGUGGGGAUCGGGAUUCGGAACAGAUCCGCGAUGCGGCCGACGCGUGUCUUACAACGUACGCAGUUUCCGACUGCAAUCUAACUCCUAUCUUGGUCCAACUCGGCGCGACGCGAUGUGCAGGAGAGGGUCUCGUUCAGAUUGCCGGAGGCUAUUUCAUCUUUGGCAGCGGUAGCACUGUCACCGAAGACCAAGUCGAGACCUGCGUUCGAUCAGCUAUGGAAUCUCCUGUAUGUUUGUCUUCUAUUCAAGAAAGGUACAACUACAUCGAUGAUGUUACUUUCAGCCUUGAUACUACGACCCCGAUUGGAGUGCCAACAGCGUCUCCUUUAGCAGCGCCAUCGCAGGCUCCCGUGCUGACUCCAUCGAUCGCUCCCACAGUCGUAGCAACAGCGCAGCCCAGCAGCGCUCCUGUUCUAGCCGCUUCUGUGGCUCCGACGUUGACUCCCACGGGACAGGCCAGUGCAAGUCCGUCUAUCCAAGUGACUGCAAGUCCGUCGGUAUCCCAAGGUGAAACGCCCCCGCCGUCCCAAGGGGAAACGCCUCCAUCGUCGUCGGAAACGGCCUCCACUGGGGCCCCUGUCUCGGGGACGGCGACUGGAGGCCCCACGGCGGCUCCCAACUCGUCUGGAACCAACGGACCGACGAGUGACGGGGUCGUUGGUCUAGAACGAGAGCCGGUAGCUGCAGAUGACUCCGCUUCCAACGGUGUUAUCGUGGGAAGCGUCUUGGGAGCAACCUUAAUUGCCUUGAUUCUAGCGUUGCUCCUGUAUCGCAAGAAAGAGGACCGAAAGUGGAAAGACCAGACUGCCAACGACGACAGCCUCGAUCACGAUGACAUCAUGACGCGAAAACCCAAGAGCCUAUCCGACAAAGAUAGCUUGAGUCCGAAACCAAGAAGUGCUGGGGUCGCCGCGGCUGCGGCUCCAGUAGGACUUUUUGGACGUUUGUUUGGAACCAAAGCGACAGGUUGCGGUGAGGACGAAGAGGACUUGGAAGUUGCUUCGGGUGGGGGAAUGUUGUUGAACAUUUCAAUGGCCGAAAGCAGCUCCACCGCAGGUAGUGGCGUGGAAGCCUACCUGUACCCACCUGCGAGUGUAGAGAGCUUUGAACAAGACAGACGUGCGCAGUCCUACAUUCAGAAAGAUAUGAUAGGAAGCAACGAGGAUGUGCCGAUGAGUAGAAAGCUCAACGGUAGUCCUCCCCGCAGGCUUUUCGGUCUGACUUAUGCAUCUAGACUAAACGACGAGGGUAUUCCAGACAGAGAGGAAACCUCGGAAGACGAUGAGGAGGAAGAAGCAGCCAAAAUGUUUGAACCGAAAGGAUCAUUGUAUCAUGAAGAUCUUUCUGUAAGCACGACCAGUGAUUCAGAUGCCUUCACACCCGCCGGGCGUGUCAACGACGGAGCAAGCUUGUUAGAUAUGGGCGAGAAAAAGCGAAAAUACAACCUGGAGCAAGUGCAACUUGCCGAAGCGCAGGAGCGGAAGAGCAGCCCUCGUAACGGAACUCCACCGUUCUUUUAGCCCUAGAGUGCCGAAUGUGUCAUGAAUGCGUAUCUUUACCAACAGUGUUAUUCAUAUAGUAGGAAGGAUAAAUCGUAUAAACGGUUAAUGUAUUG